AUGAACGUCAAAUUCAGUGGUGUUUUCGUCGUCGUCAUCGAAGUGGUUGUUCCAAUCGGAGCCGCUUCGGGUGACGCAUCUGCCACAGCUGCUCCCAUCACUAAGGAGAAGACUAGAAAUAUGGAGAUGGAUCAGGGAAAGCUCUUUAUUGGCGGUAUUUCUUGGGACACAAAUGAGGAUCGCCUCAAAGAAUAUUUCGGGGCAUAUGGUGAAGUAGCUGAGGCAGUGAUCAUGCGGGACCGGACCACUGGCCGUGCUCGUGGCUUUGGCUUUGUCGUCUUUGCCAAUCCUUCUGAUGCAGAGAAAGUAGUCAAGGAGAAGCACAUGAUCGACGGUAGAACUGUGGAAGCAAAGAAGGCCGUCCCUAGGGACGACCACCACCUAAUUAACAGAAACAGCAGCAGCACUCAAGGCUCUCCAGUGCCUGGCCGCACCAAAAAGAUAUUUGUGGGUGGACUAGCGUCCACAGUGACAGAGGCCGACUUCAAGGCCUACUUUGACCAAUUUGGUACCAUAACAGACGUCGUGGUCAUGUACGACCACAACACCCAGCGUCCUCGAGGGUUCGGUUUCAUCACGUUUGACUCGGAGGAUGCUGUUGACCACGUCCUCCACAAGACCUUCCACGAGCUCAACGGCAAAACAGUCGAGGUUAAGCGAGCUGUCCCCAAGGAACUUUCCCCAGUCCCCACACGCAGCCCGCUUUCCGGCUACAACUACGGCUUCGGCCGAGCUGGCGCCUUCCUUGGAAACUACAAUAUGGGCUCGAUUGGCGGUUAUGGGGUUAGAAUGGACGGCAGGUAUAGUCCCUUGGCUAGUCGGACAAGUUUCUCGCAUUUCAAUUCUCCCGCUUACGGUGCGAACGUGAACGUCGAGCAGGACUUGGGAAAUAGCGGAAGCUUGGGCUACAGCCGUGUGCUGAGCCCGUAUUAUGGGAGUAGCCAGGGAAGGUACAACACGCCCAUAGGGUACAACACAAGCGGCAGCCGAGGGGACUCUUUUCUCAGCUCACCUUCUAGAAACAUGUGGGGAAGUGGGCUUAAUAAUAGUGGCUCGGGGAACAAUGUGGGGUCCGCAUCAUACUUUGGUUCUGGAAGCAGUGGGUUUGGAGUGUUUGGAAGUAACGGGGCCAAUUGGGGGACUUCCCCUAUUGCGCCAUCUGUAGGAGGGGGCAGUUUUGGGAAUAGAGGUGGAGAGAACAGCAGCUAUGGCCAGCUGGCAAUGGGAGGGUUCCAAAGGAAUACUGCACCUGGACGGGCGUCUUCGUUUGCUGCUGGGUCGAGUGGUGGGGUUUAUGAGGGGUCGUAUGGGGAGUUUUACAGGGGUGGAUCUGUGUAUGGGGAUGCCACGUGGCGGAAUGCGUCUGCCGAGCUUGAUGAUAAUUCUGGCUCGUUUCGUUAUGGUCUUGUCGGGGGCUCGGAGGAUGUUGGUGGGAAGGAUUCGGAGGAUUUUGUGGUGGGCUAUGAUGUUGCGAAUAGGCAAUCGAGUAGAGGGAAUGUGCUUGCUGUAGUCAUUUUACUCUGUACUGCUAUUCUUCUUGUGAUAUCUGAAAUCUAA